AUCUUAGGGAGCGCCCGGUGUGGCGAAUCAAGCCAGAUCAUAGGAACCGCCUUGCAGUCGUCACCCUUCGAGAGCAGUAUAUUUCAUGUCGCUACUAUGGGAUACACCAACUCCGUGCCUUACGUCCAGAGACAAAUGGACGUCCAUUUGAAGGACCUGGCUGGUUUUGACAGGGCGUUCAUUGAUGUUGAUGAUAUUUUGCUGGCUUCUGCAAGACAAACUUCUACAGGGAACUUGGAAAUGGGGUCUCUGCUUGACUGAUAUCGAUGGUACUGGAUAACAUGGAUGGCAUAGAUUGUGUCGAAUUUUACCA